UUUGCGCCAUUGCAGAUUAUCGACCUGAAGAAGAAGAAGAAGAAGCUCAUCGAUCGGAAAUGGCGGCCUCGGUGAUGACCUCAGUGAGUCUCAAACCAGCUCCCUUCACCGUCGAGAAAUCGGCGAAAGGUCUUCCAUCUCUGGCGAGAAACUCCGUCCCCUUCAAGGUCGAGGCCAGUGGCGGGAAGAAGAUCAAGACCGACAAACCGUAUGGAAUCAAUGGCUCGAUGAAUUUGAGGGAUGGACUUGAUGCAUCCGGAAGGAAGGGCAAGGGAAAGGGAGUGUACCAAUUUGUCGACAAGUACGGGGCCAAUGUCGACGGCUACAGUCCCAUCUACGACACCAAAGACUGGUCUCCAAGUGGUGACGUCUAUGUUGGUGGUACUACUGGGUUAGCCAUUUGGGCAGUGACCUUGGCUGGUCUUCUUGCUGGAGGUGCUCUUCUUGUGUACAACACCAGUGCUUUGGUGCAGUAAGCUCGAGAAAAGUUAAAAGUCUGUUUUUUGUUUAAUUAACAUUAGUUUUUGUAGCAUGUUAUUAUGAACCAACAUUAUUAUUAAGAACUUCUGUGUAAUUAUCUGGACAAUUGCGUCAUAAGUGCUCGGUAAGAUGAUUCUUCUCUUUCCCAUC